CCCAGGGUCUUGCCCUUUCCCAGGAUGGACCCCCAGGAAACCAGGUCCUGGCAGGCCCUCUUGAGAUCCUUGAGGCCCAGCAUGACACACUACAGGACUUGAACCUCUGCUGCUGCCUUCCAUCCCUCUACUGUCCUCCUCAGAGUCUACCAAGAAACGGGAUUCAGUGACAUUUGAUGACGUGGCCCAGUACCUCACAAAAAAGGAGUGCCUGAGACUGGACGCUGAGCAGAGGACACUGGCAUACUACAGGAAUGUGAACUCCGUGGGCACUGAGGAGUGUGAACAGGCAGAAAGGGAGGACCAGCUCUUCACAACAAGUCCCUGGCACUCUACCCAGCAGGAGUUCCUGUUUUGAUUGCCGCCUGGCUCCUCACCUGGUACAAGGCCACGUGGUGCUGGCAUCUGAGCCAUCCCUGAACACAGACUGAGAGUACAGUGUCUUGCGGUGCCCGUCUCCAAAAGCAUCUUGGUGACACAACAGCAGAGAAUGGGUGAAGACGCUCAGCCCCAGGAGAUGGCAUCCACCAGCUCCCCGGUGGCCGGUGCACCCAGCCCUGAGGUCAAACAGAACAGAGACUUGGAGGGGAGUGGGGGGAGCCCCCAGAACCUGCCCAUAGAACAUCACUUUGCAUGUAAGGAGUGUGGGGAUGCUUUUCGGCUCAAGGUCCUCCUUGUGCAGCACCAGAGAAUUCACAGCGAGGAGAAGGGCUGGGAGUGUGGCGAUUGCGGGAGGGUCUUCAGGGGCGUCUCUGAGUUCAACGAGCACCGGAAGAGCCACGUGGCUGCAGAGCCCCAGCCGGGUCCCAGCCGAGCGCCGGAAGAUGCUAUGGAGGAAAGGGAGCAAAUGGAGAGGGAGGCGAAGCCCUUCGAGUGUGAGGAAUGUGGGAAGAGAUUCAAGAAGAACGCGGGCCUCAGUCAGCACCUGCGCGUCCACAGCAGAGAGAAGCCGUUUGACUGCGAGGAGUGUGGGCGGUCCUUCAAGGUGAGCACCCACCUCUUUCGCCAUCAGAAGCUCCACACUUCCGAAAAGCCGUUCGCCUGCAAGGCAUGCGGCAGGGAGUUCCUGGAUCGCCAGGAGCUCCUCAAGCACCAGCGCGUGCACACCGGCCACCUGCCCUUCGACUGUGACGACUGCGGCAAGUCCUUUCGGGGUGUCAACGGCCUGGCCGAACACCAGCGCAUCCACAGCGGGGCCAAGCCCUACGGGUGUCCCCACUGCGGCAAGCUCUUCCGGAGGAGCUCGGAGCUCACCAAGCACCGCCGGAUCCACACGGGCGAGAAGCCCUACGAGUGUGGCCAGUGCGGCAAGGCCUUCCGGCAGAGCUCCAGCCUCCUGGAGCACCAGCGCAUCCACACCGGGGAGCGGCCCUAUGGCUGUGGCGACUGCGGCAAGGCCUUCCGGGGGCCCUCCGACCUGAUCAAGCACCGGCGGAUCCACAGCGGACUGAAACCCUACGAGUGUGACAAAUGCGGGAAGGCCUUCCGGCGGAGCUCCGGCCUGAGUCGCCACCGGAGGACCCACAGCGGAGCAAGACGCUGCGAGUGCAGCGAGUGUGGCCGCGUGUUCAAGAGGCGGGCGGCACUGCAGAAGCAUCAGCCAACCCACCAUGACUAGACGAGGCCCCGAGGCCCACGGCCCCACGGCCCCAAGGCCGGCGGCGCCUUCCCGCGGGGGGCGAGUCCCUAGAGGGGAGGGCAGAGUCAAAGGAGAUGACCAGUUUUGUAGCACUUAUGUCUGUUCUCGUCCGGAAGGUUGAACCCAAUUUAUACCGUCACCAGCAAUUUAUAAGUGCACACGUUUCCCAUUUUGCCUGUUGAGAGUUGCUUCUACGACAUUCUAAUUUAUUUUGACUCGUUUAACUGGCAGGAAGUACCCUCAAGGUAUUUGACAUCCACAGCCUUGAAGCAGGAGAAGGAGAGAAGAGACACCUGCCUGCGGGGGUGAAGGGGCUCGCAGGACCUCUUCUCCAGGCCGCUCCCUCAGGAGCGACUCAAUGACGGCCUCCGUGUGACGGGACCCCAGCUCUCCUGGAGAGAACAAAGCCCCAGAGUCGUUUGGCCUACUUGAAUUUAUAAAUUUUUAGGGAUGUAAAUAGAAUACUCAAAUGUCUUAUAAUAUUUAAUUUAUUAAUUCAGUUAUACAUGCAUAUUGUAAAUCACAUACUACAUAGAAUAAUAUAUUAAUUUAGAAAAGCCGCCUGUUUUCCCUCACUCCGUUCCACAAGAUCAUUUUAUCCUAAAGCCUCACACGCAACUCUAACCUCACCAUCUUCCCCAACCUCGCAGCCCCCUCUUGAGUCAUCCAACAGUUUCAAAGCACAUCCAAUGGCUUCAACUCAUCCAAGCUGUGUGCCAUGUAGCACUGUGACAAUCCCUGCACAAAGCUCUCGCUAGAAGUUUCCUCCCAAGCCAUAAGUACCUGGUCACAUAACAUUAGGACGAUUGUUGGUUUCUUCAAUUUGUCCUGUAGCCCUACAACAUAACCACUUGACGUGUUUGCCUUUUCAAAUGACCUUUAAAAGACUUUUUUGAAGCAUCUAUAACUUGUCAUUGUGAGGUCAUGCUCUUAGGAAUAAGUACUGAAUCUGGGUUACGUUUCUUUUGCAUCCAUUUUUCUUGAACCAGUUCAUUCCAGUGACUUCCAUGUGUGUCCAAAACUAGCAUCGGUUGGGGUCUGUUCCAGGCUAAUAGGUCUUGUCCUCAAGCAGCACUGUUUUCUUCAGAAUUAAAUAGCUGAGGGCACCCCCGUAACAGGGACGUCUCCAGGACUCAAGUAUAAGGUGAUGCCUCUUGUUCGGGAAUGGUAGCCUCUCAUACAGAGCCAGCCCUCUGUUUCGAGCUCUGUAAAACAGGGGCGAUCCCAGGACUACCCCUAAGGUUAGCAUGGGAACUGUGAUGCCACGCCUGGCCCGAAGGCACACACUCAGUGAAGGUCAUCUCCUGUCAUCACCAUAAUUAUUGCCGUCAUCCUGUGACUCAUUAGUACCAGAACUGGGGAUGGACCCAGGCCUCCUGACUCCUAGUCUCAUCUUCUUUCUCUUGUGCAAUGACUUAAAUACUGUUCCUGUUUCCUUGCAUGCAAACCGUACGUUCAUCUCCUUUGACCAGUUAUCAAGUUACCUUUGGACAUAAUGACUUUAUACAGCAGUCCUUUCUACAUCGAUUGUGAUGGUCUCUUUUCCAGUUUUAUUGCUUUGCUCUUUGGAGCAGUUUUAUUACAUUUUUGUUGUGCGAGCUCUUAAUUUUUACAUACCUGGGCAUUCACUGUUGUCCGUGAAGCCGUAACUUUCAUUGCUUCAGUAGUUAGAUAUGAUGAUGUUUUUUUCUAGAAUUUUAAUUACAAGUGAAAAGUUGAAAGCCCUGCCCCACCAGAAGGUGGAUGCACCAGGUGGGCAGGCUGGAUGGGAACGGGCCCUAGAAGCAGGCUCUCUCCUCAUCCACGAUGCGGACUCUGCAUGUCUGUGGGCAGUACUUGACUAUCCAACCUGGCCACUCAGACACGCGAGAGAAACUUCCAUCUCGGAUGGCCAGAACAUUCUGACUGUUCCUCAGUAUAGCCCUACCUGGCAGCAGCAGGGCUGGGCCUCAACUAGAUCAAUGGGGCGGUCCAAACGUGGUCUUGGCCACAGCUGGCUGUCCUCCAAGCUCCUGGGAGCUUUGGCCAUGCCCAGCACGGAUUCAGUGCCUGAGCAGCAGACCCACCAGAGACACAUCUCCUCGAACACAAGAAGACUCACUUGACCGAUGCUGUCAUGUGGAUUGCAUCCUCCUCCUAGCGAGUGACUCUGGAACUAGAAAGAGGUCAGUUUGGUGGCUUUUGCUUUGGGCAACUAGGGGGAAAUUCACCCACGUGUUCUGAUGUUACCUCCCGCAGCCACACCCAAGGAGCAGCAGAGCAAAGGCUCGGAGAGGAACGGCGCCCCUCCGAUGCCCGGUGUGGCCUGGUGAUAGAAGCUGGCCACCACAGGCCUGGGCUGUGACUUGCAGCAGCCAUGCCUGGGAGGGGUGACAAAAGAAGGGUUUGGAGGGCACCGAUGCCCUUCUGACGGCCUGUGUGGCAUAGAAAUAGAAGCUGGUCAUCCCGAGGCCAGGCUGUGACUUCGACAGUCUCCCCCAGGGGGAACAGCAGCAAGGGCUGGCCAGAAACCUGGCCCCCGGUGGCCUGCAGAACCCGCAGGUAGAAGCCAGCCAUGCUGGGGCUGUGGUGUGACUUCCCAGCAGCCGCGCUUGGGGGGCCUCUCGAGGGCCCACAGAGGAAGCAUACGCUUCUGAGGGGCCCGCCAAGGCUGAGGCCGAGCUUCCUGGCAGGCACAUCUGGAAGAGCUCCUCAGACCCCCAUCCUGGGAAGCAGGGUCCCAUGGUGACCCCUGUGACCUUAGCCAGAAGGUCCUCUGGAAUGGCCCCCCGGGCCACAACGGUGGCUCUCUGUGACGUCCCCAGCCUGACCCUCAGGCUGGAGAGAAGCCAACAGCACCUGUUACAUAGCAACUCCUUUUGCUCUGUGGGCUUCAGUUCUCGCAGUAGUUGUGAAACUGUGUCUGCCAUCACCGCUUCCUUCGGCAUCAGUUUUCUCUUUUCAAGCUGUCAGGACGUGUUUGACACCACUGUCAUUCGGGAAAGAAUUUGACAUUCACGAGGGGCAAGUCUGGCAGCUUUCACUGGGAGCGCUCUGCCAUUUCUUGCUUGUUCGCUAGCCAUAUGUCAGGUUUUAUGAAGGAUCCAGAUACAGUAUUAACUCAGAACCUAGCGUUGUCAUCACUGCUCCCUCUCUCCCAAGCCAGGACACGGCAUCUUGGCAUCCUGGCCGCCUGUCCUGCCCUCCUUGACUUUUUUCCAUUCCCCGUUCUAUAAUUUUCUCCCAAACCCUCUUCUAGAGUUAACACUAAAGACCGCAUCUUCUCUGUCACUGUGUUUGCGGGUGAAGUCUGUGCUCUCUCCAGCGCAAGCAGUCUGUGGCUUUAACGUGUGUCCUGUAGUUGUGCCAAGUUCAGUUUUUGCCUCUGGUAACUUGGGGGUGGAUUUCCUUGGCUUCUGUAGGUAUACUGCUACAUCAGAUGCAAAAUGUGAUCAAGCUUCCUAUUGUGUGGGCUCGUCUAUGCAUUUGUGUAUCUACCUCAUUUCAUUUUUUCUUUCUAAUCACCCGUAUUUCUUUUGCAAGGGAAAUGAAGAGCAGUUGGGUUACAUAGAAUGCCGACUCGCAUUAGAAAUAUAUCCUUUUCUUAUAUUCUGAAAGAAACCUUCCAUUGCUUUUAUUAAAGUUUUGAAUACUUGCUGAAA